CCGCGAACUAAACAACAAUAUCGUUAAGAUUUUGAGCCAUAAACAAGUUGUUCAAUUUUUUUUUUGUAUUGAACAUCUGCUAUCAAACAAUAUUUUUUCAUUCUUUUGGAAGCAAAAAAAAACUAAAGAAAAUUUCAAACGCUGUACCGAACAUUGAACUCUGUGUUGACUUUGGAACAUUUAAUCAUUUUAUCUUGCUUGUGAUUUGAUCCGGUUUGAUUGAUUUGUAUCUACAUAUAAGAUAUAGAAGUUUCAGCUGAAUAUUAACGCAUUCACACAAAUACUCAAUAAAAGAUAGUGUACUACAUCGAAUUUAUACGAUACAAUUUUGUCAAAAAAAAAACUUUUAACAAUUGUGACAGAGUGGUGAUUUUUGAUCGUGGGAUACAUUUAUAAAUUAUUGUGUGCACGCUUAGUGUUUUUGAUUUUGUUGUUGUCACUGGAAUUUUGUCAAUGUGAAUGAACAAAUUGAUUAAAGAUCAUCGAGAGUGUUUUCACUCACUUUGAAAUUGUUUGAUUUAAAUAUCUUGGAAGCGACACAGGGACCAUUAUUCGGACAUUAUGUAUGAGAAAUAUUUCAAAUGUAUAUUUCUUCUUACCAUAUGCAUUGGAUGCAAAGCAAACAACGUUAGCAAACUGGAUCAUGCAUCAAAUUUUAAGCCACCACAAUUGCUGCCACAUGUGAAACAAGCAUUCGAGCGUUCAGCCGAAGCAUCGGUUGAACGAACUGAUAAGAAUGAGUCGCAUUCUCAUCAUCAGCACUACUAUAUUGAACAACCAUUGCAAUCAACGCAGACGAUUGCCAGCACCGGUACCAAUGGAAUUGUUCAAAAACAUCGUAAAAUUGCAUACAAACCACGCAUAGGCGAGAUUUUAGUAAAAGAUUCGGUUUUGUAUAACAGAGAAACGCCUAUAAGUAGUCAACAGGCGCAUAAGAUUGCAGCAACACGCCGUAAUUAUUGGCCAUUGGUAGAUAAUACGGUGACAUCGAUAGCAUCAAAUGCGGCCGCCGGUGCGAAUGCCGUGAAAAAUUUACUCAAAGUUGGUUUUUUCCAAACAUUUGACAAUGUAAAUGCAGCGGUUGAACAUAAAAAACAUAAAAUCGCCAGCUAUAUAAUUCAAGCGGCUCAAGAGCAUAAAAUUGCAAUGCAACAGGCUAAAGAAGAUGAAAAAUAUAAACAACAAUUUAAAUUGGCAGACGUAACACAAUCGAUACCAUUGUCAAAUCAAGUGCCGCAUCCAUUGUUGCCACUUGCAAAACCGCUACAACAAUUGCUACCGUUGAAGCAAAAAUUGGCACAAAAUGUGGUACAACAUUUGUCAAAGCAUUUGAAAAAACCAAUUAAAAAACCAUUUAUUUCACCACCAUGGAUCGUUUAUAGUAAGACAAAGACAUUGCCAACGACCACCGUUUCCGAUGGAUACAUUCAUACAUUUGACAAUAAAUAUAUGCCACCAAAUUUUGAUGGUCCCAGAGAAAGAAAUCCAUAUGCCGAUAUGGGUGUGACAAGUUACAAACACUUUGAAGACACCAUUCUUAAAGAAUUGGAAGAGAAAGAAGAGCGAAAAGUUGAAGCAACCAUGCAUACAUUACUGGAUGAUCAAUAUGUUAUCCAUGAUUCACUGGAGGGAACGAAACCGGGCAGCAGUCAAGAAUGGCAACCGUUUAAUGCACAUGAUAAUGGUCUAUUUACAACGUCAACGAAACCAGUUACCAUCAAUAGUUUUACACAAAGUACCUUUGAUCGACCAUUUAAUGAUGUUCGUCCAGUUUGUGAGCAUCAAGACGAUGUUUCCGUUCAACCAACACUCUUCGUUUUUCCAGCCAAUGCUGAAACACAUUUGAAUGAAUUGCAAGAGGCAUCCAACGAUAAUACAGUGAAAGUAAAACUAACCGAAUCAGAUGCAAUUCAAACGAAUUCAACACGAUCAAAUAAUUCAACAACAACCGAAAAACCAAAUUAUCCCGCUUAUUUUAUAAAGCAACAACAAGAAUUACGGAAAUUACAACAGAAAUUGGUUGGCGCUUAUCGCACAAAGAGUCAAUAUGGCAGCAAAACUACAUCGGUACCGACGCGCGGUAGGCAAACUUCAUAUGGACGACGAACAACAACCACCACCACGACGACGAUGGCAACCAAUUCAAUGACACCCACAACAACUGAAGCGCCUGUAUACUUUUUCUCAAUUAAUGGCACCGAUGAUGGCUUCCGGCCAAUGCUACCCGAUCAAAUCAACGCUAUGAAAAUUAAAAAACCAAUUCGAAUCAAAUUGAACAAUACAUCAACAUCGUCAUCAUCAUCAAAUCGUCCAAAAUCUUGGAUCCAGGCACAAGCAAGUCAUGUACAACUUUCCGUCGUUGCUGCACCAAAUGCAACAACAAAACGCGCCAAAGCAACAACGACGAUCGGCUCAAGAAACGAUAUUAAAUCAUCAUACACACGUAAAGCUCCGAAAAAACCAACCGUUACGACUGGCAACAAAAAUAAUUCAACAACGAUAGCAAAAUCAAAUAAAAACACUUAUCGUGGCUCUAUAAAAUUCGGUGAUAGCUUGAACCAGUCACAAAAUAGUUAAAGCGGUAAUAAUUUAACAAUGAAAGAAAGAAAGAAGAAAAAGACGAAAGAAAAUGAGAAAAAUAAACAAUAUUUGCAAUUAGUUUUAUUUUAGAGUUCUUUGCACCAUGUCUGAAACCACGUUUGCGUGCAUUCAAAAACAUAAUACCUGAAUAAAAUUACAAUAACGAACAAAAAUCUCUCAUGAAAUGAAAUCAGUCGUCCUCUGAGCGAUUUUUCUCUGUUACUGAAAUUAUUUCAAAGAAACAUACCGAUGAUAAAGAUUCAAUUGCUUGCUUUCAUAUAUCGCUUUUUUCAUUGUUUGUUUGUUUUUAUUGUCGUUUUAAGAAAAAUAUUUUUAAUUUGUAUUUUAAGUUUGAACGUUUUUGUUUUUCGGCUACCUAAAAACUUGCAAACAUUCUCUCACCAACUGGAAAUGAAAUAAUGAUGGACGAAAUUCGAUCGGGUUAUUUUUUAUUUGUAUCUUUUUAUCUUUUAAAAAAAGCAACAACAACAUAUUAUUUAUUUAAUUUAUAUAAAUGUGUCGCUCAAUGUUUUGAGUCUGGUCAAAGACAAAUGAUAACACAACAACAAAAAUUGUAUAGAUAUUUGAAUACAAUAAAGUGUGAGAGAUGCCUU